AUGGCGUCAUCCAGCUCAACAGACCGUUACCCCGUUGUCCAAAACAUCCAGGGAUGGAACAUCCACCAGGUCAACACCCCUGCACAGUACCUCGGCCGCAAGACUCUGCCUAUCAAACGCGCAGAUGCCGAGCCUCUGACCCGCGAAGACCUCCAGUACGAUCUCCUCUACUACAUCUUCACCGACACCACCAAGGCCUUCGUCGACUACCUCGCCCCCGACCUUCCCGUCGUCAACUUCUGUGACCUGUACGUCAAUGCGCUCUACAACUCGCCAAAAUGUUCCAAGGUCCUCAAGGACAAGAUGGUCGAGACUCCCGCGUUCGCGAUCGAGUUCGCCAAGAUCGCCUUGCUCACCAACGUCGGUCGUAUCAACACCACCAUGGCCUUCUUCCCAGAGAUGAAGACCGCCUUGCGGAGCUACCAUCCUGUUCCUUCGCUUCAAAAGACAGACGGGAACCUGCAGGAUGCGCCCCGCAUCAAGAACUGCUUGAAAGCUUCUCUGCUUCCGUUCGAGUUCAAGACUCCGCCUCCAUCGUCCCCGCUGGAAAUCCUCGAGAAGCUCCGCGGUGGGCAACUCCCUCCGACGAGCGUUGUCAACCUCAUUUUCGUUUUGUCUAGCUCUAAUCAUGCUAUGUCGGUUGCGUCGAAGCACUUCGACCCACCUGUAGAGUUUCUGGACCUUUUUUUGCCCAUCAACCUCUCGUCAGCCUCACGCGCCCGGUGCUUCCUGUGGCUCAUGUUCCACUAUCUGCAAGGGCCCGAAAAGCCGAACCCAUUCGAUGACGAAUACUCGCGGCUGAACCCUCCCAAAGUCCCACGCAUGCAGAGCCUCACUCGUGAGGAGCAGGCCGGGGAGAACGUCGACCCGUCCGACGAGAUCGAGUGGGGCAAGCGCAUGAGCGCGCUUCGCAGCAAGUUCCUCAAGGAGCUCGUGGACGAGAUGGAAAUGGAGAAGAAGCGGAAGAAAAACCCACCGCUUCCUCCAAUGCCCACCCAAAGUACCUCAUACUCCAUGCAGGAGAUGGCGGCGCUCCGGCAAGCACGGGCACAGAGACACGCUGCGUCCGAAGGAGGCACAGGAAGCCGCGGUUCAUCCCACUCUCACGAGACGCGCCCGCGCGGUCCGUCUGCUUUGGGCGAGAUCAGCUCGUCAGAUGUGAUCCCUCAUCUCGAAGAGUUCAGACCUGAUCUCUCGAGGGAAGAUCCUAACCAGGAGCGGGGGAUGUUAGAGCAGGCAUGGCAUGUAGUCAACGCUACCGACCCGCUAGAAGAUUCGGAUCAUGAGCAAGAUGAGCACGUUCGCCUUGAAUACAACCGCAGGAUGCGUGUCCUGGCGCGUCUGCGCGGGAAGGAGCCUACCCCAGAGCCGGAGCCGCGCUUCAUGCCUCCCGGUCCGCCGGGCCCUCCCGGUGGAAGCGGCGGUGCCAGCGGAGACCCCUCGUCUACAGGUCGCCUGCAGCACGUUCACACUUGGCGCUGA